GAAUAUUCUUAGCUCUCGAGUGUUAAUUUUGAUUUGGUUAGUAAAGACGUUGGCUUACCGAACUUUAGUCACAGUUUAGAAAUCAGUUAGCUCGGGGAGUUGAGAUUAAGCGCUCUCACAAUGGGAUUAUAGAGUUUUCCCUUGAAUAAUAUUAUUGUUGUUAGCAAAAUGUGGUGGUCCAUUUCUACCUUUGUGGGUUUGUUGUUCCUGCAACAAUGUACUUCUGACGUCAAGAUAACAACGAUAGAGGAAAAGUUCUAUGAAAUAGUGGGAAUAUUCGAGCCAUCAGCGCACGUCCAGAGGCGUGCGUUCAACGAGAGCAUGAAGUUCACGAGCGUGGGCGAGAUGCGGCUCGGCCCCCGCAUCCUCGAGCCGCCCAAGACCGACAGCUACGCCGUGUGGAGGAAGUUAUGCACAUCAAAAGGGUUAAACCCCAUCGCAAUAUUCGGCCCUCAAAGCCCGAUAUCUGAUGGAGCCGUUCGAGACCAGUGUGCCCGGGCCCAAAUACCCCACAUCCAGGCUACUUGGCAGCCUAAUGACCCUGACAUGUAUACACAACCUGAACCUCAACCAGAAGAAGAAGGUGAAGAAGAAGAAGAUGAUGAAGAUUCUCCACCUGAUGAAGAAGAUGAGAUAGAAGAAGAACAGCAAGAGAUAGAAGAAGUUCCAACUUUUAAAAAGAUAUCGAUUAAUUUCUAUCCGGAUGAUGAUGAGCUGGCUAUGGCAUUCGCUGAUGUUAUCAGAUAUUAUCAGUGGAAUUCAUACGCUGUUCUGCAUGAAGAUGACUAUGGCCUACUUCGUGUGCAGAAGAUUCUCGCUCGACAUUCGGAUAAAUAUUCAAUCACAGUAAGACGACUAGACCCAAAUGGUGAUAACCAAAAGGUAUUCAAAGAGCUGAAAACUUCUCGAUCGAGUCGCGUUCUUCUGGAUUGUCAUAUAGAUCACGUAGAUAAAUAUAUGAAAGAAGCUGAAAUUCUGGGCAUGCUGGAUCAUUAUCGGCAUUACAUUCUCACUUCGUUGGAUGGUUCUAUUUUGUCAGACACGAUGACACAUUACCAAUCGAACAUAACUUGGCUCAGCAUCACCAAUUUUGAAAGUUUGAAGAACACCCAGCACACUUUAUCUACUCGAGUUGGGAAGUGGAAAAAUGAUAUACCAAACUAUGCUUCAACGGCUGUUACUACUCUACAGACGGAAGCCCUUCUGAUGGAUGAUGUGGCUAACUUCGUACUUACCGCUUUGAAAGAUCUUCCGGAAGAAGUGAGAGACAACGCUGGACAUCCGUGUGAAAGGGAAGGACCCUGGGAACUUGGAGCCCCUCUACAAAAUCAGCUUCUAAAGACGGAGAUGCUUGGUGUAACAGGCCUUAUAAAGUUCAAUGAGUAUGGCAAAAGAGUGAAUUAUACUUUGUACGUGAACGAGAUACAUGUGAAUAAAAGGAAUACCAUAGCGAAGUGGGAAUCAGCUACUGGCGAAUUAGCUGAAAAUCGCUCUUCAAGUGACGAUGAAAUUUCUCAGACUAGCAAACAUUUUGUAAUCAUAUCCAAAAUUGGAAAACCGUACUUUUACAAAAAAGAGAACCAGAGUUUAGAAGAUUCUGAUGAAGAAGAAUAUGAAGGGUUUUCAGUUGACCUGGUUGAGGCAAUUUUUGACGUCUUAAAAAAUAAAAUGAACUUGAAUUACUCUUAUUCAUUUUCCAAAGCCAGUUACAAAGAUUAUGGGAAGAUUAACCCGGAAACAAAGAAAUGGGAAGGACUGAUUGGUGAUUUACUGGAUAAAAAAGCUGAUCUAGCAGUGUGCGAUCUUACAAUAACGGAAGAGAGAAAAUCUGUUGUAGAUUUUUCAGUGCCUUUUAUGACAUUAGGAAUUAGUAUUCUCUAUACGAAAGACCACAAGGUUGAUCCUGGGACAUUUUCUUUCCUAUAUCCUUAUUCAUUUGACGUGUGGAUGCUUACUGCAACUGCAUACUGUGCAGUGUCUAUUUGUCUUUUUGUUUGUUCAAGAAUAUCACCUGCCGACUGGGAAAACCCUCAGCCAUGUGACAAAGACCCCGAAGAGUUAGAAAAUAUCUGGAACUUUAAGAACUGCGCCUGGCUCACGAUGGGUUCAAUCAUGACGCAGGGAUGUGAUAUAUUGCCGAAGGCGAUAGGCUCCCGCUGGGUGUGCGGCAUGUGGUGGUUCUUCGCCAUGAUAGUCUGCCAGACGUACAUCGCGCAGCUGGCGGCGUCCAUGACGGCGGCCUCGGAGCAGGAGCCCAUCAACAGCGUGGAGGACCUCGCGCAGAACAACAAGAUCCUGUACGGCGCGCUCAAUGGAGGGUCUACGCUGAGCUUCUUUAAGAACUCCAAAGACAAGAUGUACCAGCGUAUGUACGAGAACAUGAUGUCGAACCCGGCGGUACUGGUCAGAGACAACGAGGAGGGGGAGCGCCGCGUGCUCAGCGGCAAGAACAAAUACGCCUUCUUCAUGGAAUCCUGCACCAUAGAGUACAAGCUCAAGAGGAACUGUGAACUGAAGAAAGUUGGCGGAGAACUGGACUCGAAGGACUAUGGGAUUGCUAUGCCUGCUAAUUCACCAUUUAGAUCGCAAAUAAACGGUGCUAUACUUCGGUUGAAAGAAUUGACAAGACUCGACGAGAUCAAGAAUCAUUGGUGGAACGACGUGAAUGGCGCCAAGAACUGUUCUGUUGACAAGGACACUGAGGAUGUAGAAGGAGACUUGGAGCUGAAGAACUUGAGCGGUGCGUUCAUAGUGCUGGUGGCCGGCCUGUUCUGCAGCCUCGUCAUCACGGCCGCCGAGUUCAUGAACGAAGUCCGCAACAUCGUGGUCAGGGAACAGGUGACCCACAAAGAAGCCUUCAUCCAGGAGCUGAAGACCUCCCUGAACUUCUUCCAGCUCCAGAAGCCCGUCCUUCGCAACCCGAGUCGGGCCCCCUCAGUGGCCGCGUCUGCUGCCAGCGACCGCGACGCCCGGGUCAACGCCAGGCUGACGUCUGCAGCCAACUUCCUGGAUCUGGAGAAAGUCACCCAGUAGUGGGCUGAUGGGGUUUUAAUAUUGUCGGGUUAUGUAAUUGAACUAAAAAUAUUAACUAGUUAAAUGGGUUAUUGUGCACAUGUUUUGUUAAGUUUAGUAGUGCCGAUGCCAAUGCUCUAACUGUGUUUUAUGUUUACUUUUAUAACUAAGUAAAUAAGUACUCCGAUAUUAGGAUAUUUGUUUUUGUUAUUAGGUAGAUACUUGGUAUCCAUCUACGUGUUUCAUGGUGAUGUUAUUUUAAAUCUGUCUGGCUAGACUCUAUUAGUUAAGUUCGGCUUCGCAAGCCACAUACGAGCACAUGCCAGGAACUGACAAGGUGUCGCCGUCGACGGACACGUCGUGGAGGACAUCAUCAUCAUUAGAUAAUCAUGAAAGGGAU